CGUACCCAGUACAUUACUGUGAAGGAGACCAGCGAUACUGGUUUCACGUCCUUUCCUCUGCCUCCCUCAACGAUGACUCAACUCGCGCAUACUGACAUGAAAAUAUUGCGACAGAUAGAGUCACACGCACGGUACAUCAAGACCAAGACCCAGCCAUUACUCGCGUCUGUUGUGUCGAGGAGUCGGGCAGCAGCCCUAGCCCCCGUCGCAAUUACCCCAUUUCCUUUGCCUCAGUCUAUCGGCAACAACCUCACAGCUCUGGGCCUCAGCCCUACCGUCGCGGAGAAGAUUGAUCGAGUUUUCUGUAGGGCUGCGCUCAGACUCAAGGAGCACUCCGAAGCGCGUACCCGGGAUGCUCUUCAGGCGUCCGCAAACGUGGACUCCACGAAGCUUCUCAACCAUGAAAGACUCAAUGCUAUGUUCUGCUCCGCCAUGUCUACGAAGUAUCUGCAGGCGAUACAUAGCUGGCGUGCACAGAUUAUUAGCAAGCUUUCGUCCCGCAUUCGUGAGAUCCACGAAGCUCGUCAACAAUCUCAGCUCGCCGAGCGCGAAAACAAACGGCCCUUCAAUCCUGCUGCUGUACCUACGCUAGAACGCUUCUUCGGACACACGCCGCGUCCCAGCCGUGCUGAGAAGCAGCAAUUGGCUGAGCAGACGAAAAUGGAGUACAAGCAGAUCAAUAUCUGGUUCCAAAACCGACGUAAUCGUUCAAAAAAGCAAGUGCCUGCAAGUAACCCUGCGGAGGUCCCGCAUAUCAACAUACCAUUGCCGCCUGAUCUCGAGGCCUCAUUAGUGAGGAUUCUGGAAAAGUACAUGGCCGUCGCGCCAACGAGUCCGCCACAUACGAACGAGCCGAAGUGCCAGGACGUUUCUGCGCGAUCCUUUCACCCAUUCCACUCAGACCGCCCUCAACACGCUUUCCCGGUCUGCUACCCGCCGCUGUGUCCAUACGACCCAUUCCCUGUCGCUGCCGAAUCGCGUCGGUUCUUCACGCCCUGGUAUCGCUCGGCUAGAUCCUCAUCAGUCGAGUGUGUAAUGUCCGACGCGCCCGAUGUCCUUGUUCGCUUGGAGAUGCUGAACAUCAGGGACGAUGGAUUCGAGUCGUUGUCCCGACCCUCGUUCCCUCAACGACAGACUUGGAGCGUAUGGUUCGGAACGAUCCCCCAACCCGCUCCUCUACCGGCUCUUUUACGCUCUUCAAGGCGCGAGCAAUGCGUAUCGAAAGCGAGGCGCGGUCGUAACUGGAGUUGCCAGCGCCGGCCACGAUGCGAGCUCGAUACGACCGUUUCGGAUCUGCGCGUGCACCAGGUCGAUGAACCAAUGACCACUCGCACACUUGGUACAGGCAGAACCCCUAAAGAGGAUUCAAGCACUGAUGCAUGCGGACGGGCAUCUGCGGUCCCGAUACGUAGGCUGGGUCCGAAGCGCGUACGCAGACGCAAGAACGCAUCUCGAAUGGUCCAAUCAGAUGGAGCUACUGCUGAGCUCCAUCCCUUGUCCCCACCCUCGACAGCAGUGCUCGGUAGCGAUGGCCCGCCUGUAUUGGAACCGACGUUACCCUUUUCGCCAUAUCCAAGCAGAAGAACGACUAGGCGAAAAGCAGCUGCUCUACCUAGACGAGUACCCGAAUCGGGUGUCAGCUCCGCCAUCUCUAUCCCAAAAGCCCGCGACUCUUCGCCGAGCUCCCGUGCAUCGUCGCGUGUGCCAUCUACUCCUUCCCCAGGGACGUCUCCCAGCCCUCAGUUGACUUUGUCUCGGAUGUCGUCACUUUCGUCGUUGCGAUCCGUUUCGUCUGCGUCGAGCACAUCCUCGGACUCAGACCUCCUUGCUACGCCUCCCAUGCUUUCGACAUUCCUCCAUGAACUACCAGAUGCGUCGACGUUUGGUCUGUACUCCGACGGCAUUGGAAAAACCACUGGGCCCGGCGACCUGUUCGAUGAAGGUUACUUGGACUACUCGAUCACCUUCUCGAGUUCUGACGUGUCAACGGACACGCAUCUGCUUGAGCGGUCCUCACUGGAGUUUGAUGCACUAUCUAUCAUAUGCGGCGGCAUGAUGCCACUAGUUCCGCCAACCUUGAUCUUCUGAACCGUGAAAGCGUCUGAAACGGUAGCUACUUGGGUGUUCCUCACGAACUUGGUUUUGCUCUGUCUAUAGGUCACGCUGCUCAGCCUUUGUAGCUAUAGCCU